GAUAAGUAAAAGUUUACGGACCAAACAGAAGCUCCAUAUGGCGAAUUUCGGUGAUUAGCGAACCAUCGGAAAGUGACCAGCAAUGGUGCACAGUGCCUAUGAUUGCUUCGAGCUCCUCGGCGGCUCCCCUACCAAAAUCGACGCCAUCGAAUCCUAUGGCUCGAAGCUCUUCCUUGGUUGCUCUGACGGUUCUCUACGAAUCUAUGCUCCAGACUUUGCCGGCUCCGAGCUAUCCCCACCGUCCGAUCAACAUGUGCUGCGAAAGGAGCAGUAUGCUCUGGAGAGGACUGUGGUUGGAUUCUCGAAGAAACCUAUCGUCUCGAUGGAGGUAUUGGAAUCGAGAGAGCUGCUCUUGUCGCUUUCCGAAUCUAUCGCGUUCCACCGGCUGCCUAGCUUGGAAACAAUUGCCGUGAUCACCAAAGCGAAAGGCGCUAAUGUGUACUCGUGGGACGAUCGGAGGGGGUUCCUCUGCUACGCCAGGCAAAAGCGAGUACAUAUUUUCAGGCAUGAUGGAGGAGGAGGAUUUGUGGAGGUGAAAGAUUUUGGGGUUCCAGACACAGUGAAGUCAAUGUCAUGGAGCGGGGAGAAUAUAUGUCUAGCUAUUAGAAAGGAGUACGUGAUACUAAAUGCCACGAAUGGCGCAUUGUCAGAGGUAUUUCCUUCAGGGAAACUAGCGUCGCCUUUAGUGGUAUCUCUUCCCUCUGGGGAACUUCUUCUUGGGAAGGAGAAUAUUGGAGUCUUUGUGGACCAAAAUGGAAAGCUUCUUCAAGCUGACAGAAUAUGUUGGUCAGAGGCUCCUACAGCUGUUAUAAUCCAGAAGCCAUAUGCAAUAGCUCUGUUACCACGGCGUGUUGAGGUUCGGUCUCUUCGAGUUCCCUAUCCGUUAAUACAGACUGUUGUCCUUCAAAAUAUCCGCCGUCUUGUAAAAAGCAACAAUGCUGUAAUUGUAGCAUUAGACUACUCUGUAUAUGGACUCUUCCCUGUCCCUCUUGGUGCGCAGAUUGUACAAUUGACAGCAUCAGGCAAUUUUGAGGAAGCUUUGGCUUUGUGUAAGUUGCUUCCACCAGAAGAUUCAAGCCUGAGAGCUGCAAAGGAGGGGUCAAUUCAUAUAAGAUAUGCUCAUCAUCUUUUUGAUAAUGGGAGCUAUGAGGAAGCAAUGGAACAUUUUUUGGCUUCUCAAGUAGAUAUUACCUAUGUGCUCUCUGUAUAUCCAUCAAUUGUUCUUCCUAAAACAACUGUGAUUCCAGAACCAGAGGGGAUAGUGGACAUGUCUUUGGAUGCUUCACAUCUCCAAAGAGGUUCAUCUGGUCUCUCAGAUGAUAUGGAAUCCUCACUUCCUCCUCAGCCAUCAGAAUUUGAUGAGAAUACUGCACUUGAGUUCAAGAAAGUGAACCAUAAUACUCUCGUGGCUCUUAUUAAGUUCUUGCAGAAGAAGAGAUUUGGUAUUGUUGAAAAAGCUGCCUAUGAGGGAACAGAGGAGGUUGUUUUAGAUGCUGUUGGAGAUGGCUUUACAUCAACUAGAUCUAAGAAAUCCAACAAGGGUCGUGCUGUUGCUUCUAUUAACUCAGCUGCUAGGGAGAUGGCAGCAAUACUGGAUACAGCCCUCUUCCAAGCUCUGGUUCUUACUGGACAAUCUUCAGCAGUGUUGGAUUUACUGAAAGGUCUUAACUAUUGUGAUGUAAAGAUAUGCGAGGAGAUUCUUCAGAAAGGGAAUCACUAUGCUACUUUACUAGAACUUUACAAAAGUAACUCAACGCACCAUAAAGCCUUAAAACUUCUGCAUCAAUUGUUAGAGGAAUCAAAAUCAAACCAAUCACAAGGGAACCUCACCCAAAUGUUCAGUCCUCAGGCAAUUAUUGAAUAUCUCAAGCCUCUCUGUGCAACUGAUCCCAUGCUUGUCCUAGAGUUCUCAACACUUGUACUUGAAAACUGCCCAAUGCAAACUAUUGAGCUAUUUCUGUCUGGAAAUAUUCCAGCAGACUUGGUCAACUCCUAUUUGAAGCAGCAUGCUCCAAGCAUGCAGGGAAAGUACUUAGAACUUAUGCUUGCAAUGAAUGAAAAUGGAAUCCCUGGGAGCCUGCAAAAUGAAAUGGUACAAAUCUAUCUCUCAGAGGUACUUGACUGGUAUGCAGAACUAAAUGCCGAGCAGAAAUGGGAUGAGAAAGAUUAUUCCCCAACAAGGAAGAAACUACUGUCUGCUUUAGAGAGCAUCUCAGGAUACAAUCCAGAGGCUCUGUUGAAAUGUCUUCCUCUAGAUGCCUUAUUUGAAGAGCGUGCAAUUUUGUUGGGAAAAAUGAACCAGCAUGAGCUUGCAUUAUCACUAUACAUUCAGAAGCUUAAUUUACCUGAACUGGCACUGGCCUACUGUGAUCGGAUUUAUGUGUCUCUGGUUCAUCAACCACCUACAAAGUCUUCCGGAAAUAUAUAUCUGACUCUUAUGCAAAUCUAUCUGAAUCCUCGGAAGACAACCAAGAACAUCGAAAAGCAAAUUGCAAAUCUGGUAUCAUCUCAAAAUACAAAUAUUCCAAGAGUUGCAUCAGGGACUUCAUUUAAAGCAAGAGUAGGACGUGCCACUAAGAAAAUUGCCUCCAUCAAGGGUGCUGAAGAUAUGCAAGUCGGUCCCAGCAGCACUGAUAGUGGCAGGAGUGAUGGUGAUGCAGAGGAAUCUAAUGAGGAAGGGGAUUCUACUAUUAUGCUUGAUCAGGUUCUUGAUCUGUUGAGUCGUAGGUGGGAUAGGAUUAAUGGUGCUCAGGCACUUAAACUCUUGCCUAGGGAAACUAAACUACAGGUAGUUCUUAAAUGGAUGGAUCCCUUGCAGAAUUCCUGACCUACCUUUUUCUUGAACCAACUCCAGAACCAGUUUUAAUGUGGUCAAACUUUGUCAUUUCAAUUUAGGCAGGAUAUGCGAAAGUUCGCAGAUAGAGUGAAUGGGAUUGCCUAUUCUUGUUUGUGAUAAAAAUACUAGUUCACUGACAUUUAAUUUCAUUUUCAUUUGCAUUGUUUGGCAUUGGAAGAUCAAUGGCUAACUCCUUCCUUAAAUUGUUUAUCUUUUACCUGCAGAACUUGCUUCCAUUUCUUGCACCUCUUCUGAAAAAAUCCAGUGAAGCUUAUAGAAACUUCUCAGUGAUCAAGAGUUUGCGGCAGAGUGAGAACCUUCAGGUUAAAGACGAACUCUACAACCAAAGGAAAACGUUGGUGAAGAUUGCCAGUGAUAGCAUGUGUUCUCUUUGCAACAAAAAAAUAGGAACUAGUGUAUUCGCUGUCUACCCCAACGGCAAAACUCUUGUACAUUUUGUUUGCUUUAGAGAUUCACAAAGCAUGAAAGCCGUGGCCAAACCAAGGAAGCGAUAGAUGGGGUGAAUGCUGCCCUUGACUUCUCGUAGGCUCUUUGGUAGACCUUUUCCCUUGCAGUGACUGGCCAGCAAAAAGGAAAACCGCGCAGACAAAUAGUAGGAUGGAUGCCUAUCUACUUGAUCGAGAUCUUGUGCUGUUCUGUAGAUAUGUGUCAAACUGUCAAUUUUGAGUUAAGGUUGAUGUAAUCUUUUCUUUGUAAAAU